CUCUCUCUCUCUCUCUCCCCUCUCUCUCCCUCUCUCUCUCUCUCUCUCGCGCCCCGUCCCCAUUCAAUUCACCAUCGCUCUCAGUUUUCAUCCACUCGCAAAAUCAACGAAAUGAACGGACAAAUAGGCGGACAGCCCAUACGAACGAUGGUCCACCGCCACCAGCCAGACAGACAUCGACCCCGGCCGCUUAAUUACAUCAUCAAUCGCGCCCACACACCAAGGCGGCCUUCCCCUCUCAACAUCCCUCCCUCUCUCUGACCCGUAUCUUCUUGUACGAGUAUGUAUGUGUUGUACUGUCACACGGUCUUCUUGAGUCCACUGAUGGUGGCGUUGGCCGCCUCGGUGGCCGUCUGGCAGGGGUCCUUCUCCUCCUCCCUCUCCCUCUUGCCGCCCUUGCCGCCCUUGCCCUUGGGUGUGACGAUGUAGCGGUUGACGAAGAAGCGCAAGAAGAGCAGCAGGUACGUGGCGUACAUGAUCAGGGCGAAGACGGCGUUGAGCGGCCAGGCGCUGCAGCCCACAUGGGGGAUGUCGGAGGGCAAAGUCGCGAUGGGGAAGACGCGCGUGAACGAGUAGAGGGACACCAGACGGAGAGAGGCGGCCGUCACGCCAACACCUGAUGCAGGACAACAACCAACCGAACGUCAAACUUGUCAGGUUGCUGUGUGUGAGUGUGUGUGGAUGUGUGUGAGGGGGGUGGGGUGCGCACCGAUGAACAUCUGUGAAACCUGCAUGAUGGUGACGACGAUGCCCCACGAUAGAGGCCGCUCCAGCACCGCCGCCAGGAAGUAAUACGUGUACAUCACCGCAUGAACUGCGCCCACACGCACACACGCACACACACACAAACGUGGUUUGGCUGGCUGGCAAUCUUGUCGACCCGCCCGUACGUGACGUACCCGUGUAGUUCAUGGCAAUGAAGAAUAUGCCUGUGGGCAUCUCGUUAGCGAAUGCGUCCCAGCAGUAGAGGAACACCGUCAGGUGGUGGUACCAAUGCAGGAAGCGCAACGGCUUCUUGCGCAAAAUCAAAAACAGCGUGUCCACCAUCUCGAUGUACUGCACACACACACACACACAACCAGAUAGACGCCUUGGCUCGUUCGUUUCUGCCCCUAAGGCUCUUUCGUCAUGUGUGACUGACUGACCAUCACCACCCAACGGACCUUAGAGUAGAUGAAAAGAGUGGUCCAGACGCCGGACACGGAGCUGCCAUAGGUGAACCCCGCCGGCCCGCAGCUGGUGAAUGUGAAGCCAUAGGUCGCCAGCAGGUACAGCAGGUGCGGCACCGUCCUCAUUGCCCCCACCACGGAGAACACCGCCAGCGCCAGGUUCCACAGGAUGAGCAGGCCUCUGAGGUUCCACGCCGGCCGCUUGGCCAUGUACCUGGUGCCAGCUGUGAUGAGCACCAGGUAGAGGAAGGCCGUCAGCAGUCCCAAACCGUAGAUUUGACGCGUGAAGGCGCCCCAUGCCCCGCCGAAGAAGGCGCGCUCGCCCGCCGAUGCGAGGGGCACCAGGGCGGGGUAGUCGUCCGCCAGGCCUCUCACGCGCAUCCCCUCCUGCGCCCACAAGGCCGUCCAGUCCCCCCGCUCCCACGCAAACGCGUCGACGGCUGCUGCAUCGGUGGUGGCGUUGUAUGGCGAAGACAGGAUCACGUGGCGCGCCAUUGUCGCUGCCAUUCGCCGCUGGAAACAAAAGAGAGGGGAAAGCGACUGGCUCGCGAUUGAUGUCUACGCGAGCU